GAGUGGGAUAGAAGGGAGCGUGGAGUCCAUCUAUACACAAGAAAAAGUUCUGCAACAAGACCAACCAAGUGGAACUACACAGUGCGCCUCUCCCUUUCCACGGAUGGACGCUUAGCUCCUGCUCAGUUUCACUUGUUCGAACAAAGUUCAGCUUGGCGGAGUUGCCUCCGCGUCUGUGCCUCUGAAGAUGGACAGUUUAAUACGAAGGAAAGGGCGCAGGAGGAUACCGCUGCUACUGUACAUCUUACUACACAUAGUGUCGACUCAAGCAGCUGCUCACAUUGACGUCUUGAGAGAGUUGGAUCUGACAGAAAACAUGGAGGGAGUGUUUUUGGAGGCGGGGCUGUGCAGUAACAGAAGAGUGACACAGGAGACCGACCUGGCUUACAGAAUAGGCAAAAAGAUACAACUCAGUGCCCCCACCAAACAACUGUUUCCAGAUUCAAAAUUUCCAGAGAACUUCUCUCUAAUGGCCACAGUGCGAGCUAAGAAGGACUCUCAGUUCUUCUUGUUGUCCAUCUAUGAUGAUCAGGGGGUGCAGCAGUUAGGACUAGAGAUUGGACGUUCUCCUGUGUUCCUCUAUGAAGACCAGAAUGGACAUCCUACUCCUGAACAGUACCCCACCUUUAAGAAAAUCAACACAGCAGACGGAAAAUGGCGCAGAAUAGCCUACAGCGUCAUUGGGAAGUCGGUCACUCUCUACUUGGACUGUCAGAAGGCUCAGACUCUGGAUCUGCCUCGUGGGGACAGUGCGGUGGUCAGCACAGAUGGUGUCACUGUGUUUGGGACCAGACUGCUGGAUGAAGAAGUGUUUGAGGGAGACAUUCAACAGCUCCUGAUCUCGGAAGACCCUGAUGCCGCAGCCAGUUAUUGUGAACGAUACAUCCCCGACUGUGACGCUCCUCUGCCGUACAGCAUCCAGAGUGUACAGAAGUCCCUGAAGUCCGAUGCCCCAAUUCAAAAUGAAAAACUCGACGAUUCACAGAAAAAAUCAAAGAAGGGGAAAAAGGGCAAAAAGAACAAAAAGAAUCGGAACAAGGGGUCAAAGGGCAAAGGUAAACGCAAGGGGAAGAAGGGAUCCAGGAAGAAGAAGCAUCAAGAAGAGUUCCAAGAUGGCUCCUUACACGCCACUACAGCACUACCUCAGUAUUUGUCCCUGGAAGCAGUUGAGCCCACGGAGGUGCCACUGACCUCAACCACAACUGAAGCAACCGUUCCCACUGUCAGUCCCACCGAAGAAUAUGUUAAGGGCUUGUCGGAAUUGAACACUCAGGAGUCAAACCUCGUCUCUGAGUCCUCCACCGCAGGACCCAGUACAGUACUAGAUCCUGAGGUUGAAAAGGAGGAUCCUGAGCUAGUGAAGACAGCAGUGGUGGAGGGUCCUGAAGAUGACCUGUAUGAUGCUCUGUCAGUUUCCACAGUAACAGUGGGGCCAAAUGUGACCGACUAUGAGACCUUUGAGUAUGACUUUAAGAACGACACAAGCUCUGAAGAAUAUGAACUUUAUGAAGACAGCUACGAUUUUGCAGAACGAGAAAUAGAAACAACAUGGCCGGGACAGGGUGCUGCUAGAGGAGAGAAGGGCCAGAAGGGAGAACCUGCUGUUGUUGAGCCGGGUACAAUGAUAGAAGGGCCUCCAGGUUUACAAGGGCCCCAGGGCAUGAGUGGUCCAGCUGGACCUGUUGGCCCCCCAGGACCGAGGGGUGAUCCGGGUGAUGUGGGUCCACAGGGACGGCCAGGUCUUCCUGGGGCUGAUGGGAUUCCAGGUCCCCCUGGAACAGUGCUAAUGCUGCCAUUCCAGUAUGGAGGUGAUUCCCAAAAGGGGCCAGUGAUAUCUCCUCAAGAAGCCCAAGCACAUGCCAUCCUGCAGCAGGCCCAGAUUUCACUGAAGGGCCCUCCAGGACCGUUAGGUCUUACAGGGCGACCAGGUCCUCAGGGUGUCCCGGGAACGUCUGGUAUAAAAGGAGACAGUGGAGACAGUGGCCCCCCUGGGCCAGCGGGUUUGCCAGGUCCUCCAGGGCCUAAUGGGAAGGCAGGAAAGAGAGGACACGCAGGAGCAGAUGGUGGUCGUGGAGCACCAGGUGAAACUGGCGCUAAGGGCGACAGGGGCUUUGAUGGUCUGCCAGGUCUCCUGGGAAACAAGGGCCACAGAGGUGAUAGAGGCAAGCCAGGUCCUCCUGGACCUGUUGGAGAACCAGGGGAGAAGGGAUCUGACGGACCUGUGGGACCAAGAGGACAACCGGGUGAGCCUGGAGCACGGGGUCUGAUUGGGCCGAGGGGUUCACCUGGUCCACCUGGUCAACCAGGCAUCAGUGGCGCUGAUGGAGUUCAAGGGUCAAAGGGAAACUUGGGGGCACAUGGAGACUUAGGCCCACCUGGUCAACAAGGAAACCCAGGAGCACAGGGCUUGCCAGGUCCUCAAGGUCCCAUCGGAUUGCCCGGAGAGAAGGGUCCUCAAGGAAAACAAGGAAUGCAGGGUCUACCGGGCAUCGAUGGUCCUCCUGGUCACCCCGGGAGAGAGGGCCCCCCCGGAGAGAAGGGUAUCCAAGGUUUACUUGGUGCUCAGGGUCCUGUUGGCUACCCAGGGGCCCGUGGAGUCAAGGGAGCUGACGGCAUCCGAGGUUUGAAAGGAAACAAAGGAGAGAAGGGAGAAGAUGGCUUCCCUGGGUUCAAAGGUGAUAUGGGCCUAAAAGGAGACAGAGGUGAUAGUGGACCCCUGGGUGCCCGAGGAGAGGACGGACCAGAAGGACAGAAGGGACAAGCUGGACCAAAUGGAGAAUCAGGAGCAGCGGGUAUUGCUGGUGAAAAGGGUAACCUUGGUGUACCUGGGCUGCCCGGAUAUCCAGGAAGACAAGGACAAAAGGGGUCACUGGGCUUCCUUGGUUUGGCAGGAGCCUCUGGAGAGAAAGGACGAAGAGGUCCAGCCGGACAACAGGGGCAAGGGGGCCAGAGAGGUCCAAAUGGAGCUCGAGGGGGGAGAGGUGCAAGAGGGCCCACUGGAAAAUCGGGAGAAAAGGGUUCUGCUGGACAAGAUGGCCCCCCAGGAUCUCCCGGUGAACAGGGACCCCAAGGACCACAGGGAAGGCAAGGUGAAACAGGACAAAGGGGACCUAAUGGUCCACCUGGAAAAGAUGGACUGCCCGGUCAUCCAGGACAGAGAGGCGAACCAGGUUUUCAAGGCAAAAAUGGGCCUCCUGGGCCUCCAGGUGUUGUGGGACCACAGGGAAAAACUGGUGACACUGGACCAACAGGCGAUAGAGGCCACCCAGGGUCACCAGGACCUCCUGGAGAACAUGGUUUACCCGGAUCUGCUGGAAAGGAAGGAACCAAGGGAGAUGCUGGCCCAGCAGGUGCACCAGGGAAAAGUGGCCCAGGUGGACUCCAGGGCUUUAGAGGCAGCAGAGGGACUCCAGGAGCAAUGGGUCCUGCAGGUUUGAAGGGUGGAGAGGGUCUGCCUGGUGUUGCAGGACUAGUGGGUGCCACCGGAGAGAGGGGCCCUGCUGGGCCAGCUGGCGCUAUUGGCCAGCCUGGACGGCCCGGAGGCGUGGGGCCUGCUGGGCCUAUGGGAGAGAAAGGAGAUCCGGGAGAGAAAGGACCUGUGGGUCCAGUGGGGAAGGAUGGUGAACAAGGGCCUAUCGGACCACCCGGGGUUGCAGGAUCUCCUGGACCUCCAGGAGAGGAUGGAGAUAAGGGAGAAACAGGAGUAGUGGGCCAGAAAGGCAGCAAAGGAGACAAAGGAGAAGCUGGACCACCAGGACCAAUUGGAAUUCAAGGACCUGUUGGCCCACCUGGACCACCGGGUUCAGAUGGAGAGACUGGGCCUCGGGGUCAGCAGGGAAUGAACGGGGCUAAAGGAGACGAGGGACAAAGAGGCUUCAAAGGGGCCUCAGGUCCAUCUGGACUUCAGGGGAUGCCUGGACUGCCUGGAGAGAAGGGUGAAAGUGGGCAUGUUGGUUCAUUGGGACCCCCAGGACAGCAUGGACCAAGAGGGCCACCAGGUCCCAUUGGUGCAGAGGGCCAUGCUGGAUUGCCUGGUGGAGUUGGUCAGCCUGGAAUUGUUGGAGAGAAGGGUGAGGACGGAGAAGCUGGAAACCCAGGCCCCCCUGGUGAACCGGGUAUUGCUGGAACUAAAGGCGAGUUUGGGGAGAAGGGUGACUCUGGUCCUCCUGGUGCAGCCGGACCCCCAGGACCAAGAGGAACGCCUGGCGAGGAUGGGGCCAAGGGACACAUUGGUCCUAUUGGUUUUCCUGGAGAUCCUGGACCCCCUGGUGAACCUGGUGCCAAUGGGUUAGAUGGUGUAGCAGGGCCGAAAGGAGACAAUGGAGAACCAGGAAAAGCAGGACCCCCUGGAGCAUCUGGGGAACCAGGACCUUCUGGCCCUCCUGGACGACGGGGUCAUAUUGGUCCAGCAGGAAAGGAAGGAAAGCAAGGAGUGAAAGGGGCCAAAGGUGCAGCAGGAACACAGGGUCCUGCUGGAAAGACCGGCCCAGUGGGAGCUCAAGGACAGCCGGGGAGAGACGGUCCCGAGGGACUGAGAGGCAUCCCAGGGCCUGCGGGGGAGCACGGGUUGAAUGGUCCACCAGGACAAGCCGGACCUCCAGGACCAACAGGCCCAGCAGGACUGCCAGGACUUAAAGGAGACCCAGGAACAAAGGGAGAUAAGGGUCACGGAGGGUUGAUCGGUCUAAUUGGUCCACCAGGAGAGCCUGGAGAAAAAGGAGACAGGGGCUUACCAGGCAGCGAGGGUGCUCAAGGGCCUAAAGGAGAUCAGGGUACAGCUGGUCAACAGGGUCCUACAGGCCCACUAGGACCCCCUGGCUUAUCUGGUCCAGCUGGUGAGAAGGGAUCAAAGGGAGACACGGGAGCUGUUGGCGCCAGAGGAGACACCGGACCAGCAGGACCACCCGGACCCCCAGGACCACCUGCAGCAUACGUGGAGCCGUUGCCCAUCAGGGAAGGCAAGCGCAAGAAAAAAAGACAUUUAGAGCGAGCAGCAGAUCCAGCCCUGUCCACAGGAGGCGAGUUCUUCCAAGGGGACGAGGCACUGGAGGAUGCAGAGGGCAUGGAGGAAGUCUUUGCCUCGCUCGCCUCCAUGAAGACUGAGGUGGAGCUGAUGAGGCGGCCCCUAGGAACCUAUGAGAGCCCGGCCCGCACCUGCAAAGAGCUUAUGAUGGUCCAGCCCAAUUACAAAAACGGAGAGUACUGGAUAGAUCCAAACCAAGGCUGUCACAAGGACUCUAUCAAGGUCUAUUGUAACUUCACAGCAGAAGGGGAGACCUGUCUCUAUCCUGACAAAAGGAUUGAGACGGUCAAAUUAGCAUCGUGGAAUAGGGAGAAGCCUGGAAAGUGGUAUAGUCAGUUCAGGAAAGGAAAGAAGUUCUCCUACAUUGACAGAGACGAGAACCCGGUGCAUGUGGUUCAGAUGACCUUCCUCAAACUGCUCAGUGCCACGGCCAAACAGAGCUUCACCUACACCUGUCAGAACUCAGCGGGAUGGUUCGACAGCACAUCCCUAUCCUACCAGCACGCCCUGCGCCUUCGAGCCCACAAUGAGGAGGAGCUGAGCCAGAGCAAGAGCCCCUUUAUCCACGUUGUGUAUGAUGGGUGCAAGUCUCGUACGGGCCAGGAGAGGACAGUCUUAGAGGUCAACUCUUCUGCUGAGCUGCUUCCUAUUAUUGACGUUGCUCCUGUGGAUUUUGGUCGCAACAAUCAGAAGUUUGGAUUCCGAGUAGGACCAGUAUGUUUCAAUGGUUAACCACUUGCCAACAACGCACAGAAGAAGCAAAGACUUUGACAGUUACCAUGAGCAAUAUUUAUUACUACUUUUAUGUGGUGACCGAAUGGUGCUUGAAAUUCAGUUUACAGCCACAAUGGACUCUAAACGGAACAUAUGCAACAGUGAAAACACCAAAGGGAAUUUGCAUUAUACAGUUUGUAUUUAAUUGUGUUUUGUUCUUCUCACUCUGCUUUGAGUGUGCUGUAUUUUUUUCCUUGAGAACUGCACUGCCUGAAAAACACCACUGUAUCUGUGUUGUUACUCUGUGUGAUGGGUCUGAUAAGUGGGUCCUUCUAGACAUUGAAUGGAAACUACCUAAUUUAAACUCUGGGACUGAACUAAAACCUGAGAUGCUAUUUUUUCAUUAGCAAGACAAUUGUAUAGCAGUGAACCAGGCUUGCAUAUUAAUUCUGUACCAGAAACACAAUUAAUUUCCAGUGUUGGAGAAAUUGUCCUUUCUACCCUUCACCAGUGAUUUAGUUUGAUUAGUAUUCAAUAAGUGUAUGUAGUUAUUGAGCCUUACUUGAACGGAUAAGGUUGUUUCCCUCAUUGGGCAGCUCUUCACUUCUUUUUACACAGCUUUAUGAGCCCUUUCUAUAGAAACUGCAUCUCAGUGAUACAAGUGCACACUGAAUAGACAUUUAUCAUUAUAAAGUCGGUUACAUAUGUUUUUAUUUUCACGUUAGAUGUGUGAACACAAAUCAGACAUAACAUUAUGAAGGUGACUAUAUGUAUCAAAACCAGCUAUAAUGUAACACAGUACAGUUAGAUGAAGCUGCGUAAUAGGCAGUUUUUCAUAAUAUUAGCCUGGUUUAACUUUGAUCAUUGGUAAAAGAUAACUCCUUUUUGUUGACUGGUGCUAAAACUAUCAUGGGUAAAUGCAAAAGUGGGUAAUGUUAAGUCUCACAACACAUGUUUUUCAGCGUAGGUGUUUAUUUAUUUAAAUUCACAAAAAUAAAGGUGCCUUUUACUUCACUGGAUGAGAACAAAUGUUAGCACUAAUUAAAGACUGACCAUUAACGUCUUCAGUCAUAUCAUUAUGGUAUUAUAUCAUGGAUACACACUAUACACUCUAUUACACUGUUAUUUUUAACAUUAUUCAUGGUCCAUGUGUCAUAGGCAUUUAUUUGAAACGCUUAGUGCAAUUGUAAGCUUUGUAAAACUUGCUUUGUAAACGUGAAUGUAUUUUUAUUUUCAGCUCAAACAAAAGUAGUUAGGCAGUUUACUUUGCUUCACUCAUUGCAGCAAUGAGCUCAUCUCCUCCUGUCCUGUUCACCUCUUUUGUAUAGUAUUCGUUGUUCUAAUGUUAUAUACUGUACAGUUCUGUUGUGAAAAAUAACCUGUUGUCUGAAUGAGUAAAAUUGUUGUGGAUUU